GGAUUGAAGAACACAUCCACAGGGUUUAGUUCCAAAUAAAAAGGACUUUAUUAGUUCACUCAAUCUCGACAACCGCAUCAAUGGAUCACCGUAAGAGUCACUUCCUUCUAGUCACGUUCACGUCCCAAGGCCACCUCAACCCAAUACUGCAGCUCGCUAAGCGUCUCAUACGCACCACCGGUACCAAAGUCACUUUGGCCACCACCGUCAAAGGCCAACGCCUCAUGACAAACACAGACACAAACACCCUUCCUCUCAUUCCCGGCUUAUCCUUCGCUUUCUUCUCCGACGGUUUCGACGACGGCAGCAACCCCUCCGACGACCCCAACCAUAUCGCCGCUCAGAUGAAACGUGUGGGCUCUCAAUCCUUCUCCAACCUUAUCAAUUCUUUCAACGAAGGGCCUCAUCCUGUAACCUUUGUAGUCUAUUCCAUCCUCCUUCCAUGGGUUGCGGACGUUGCACGUGCUAUGCACAUCCCCUCUGCCCUCUUAUGGAUCUCCUCAGCCACCGUCUUCGCCCUUUACUACCACUUCUUCAAUGGCCACGAUCGCCUGAUAGAAACCUCAACCUUCAUAGACGAACUACCAGGAUUGCCUCCCUUAACACGCCCAGACCUUCCUUCCUUUUUCCAACCCUCAAGCCCUCACACUUUUGUGCUGCCAAUCAUCCAUGAACACUUCCAAACCUUACAACAAGAUAGCCAUCCACGUGUCCUUCUGAACACCUUUGAUGCUUUGGAAGAAUCCGCCUUAAGAGCCUUGUCCAAGUUGAACGUUAUCGGGAUCGGCCCCUUGACUCCAUCAGAGGAUAAAGCCUAUGGCUGUGAUCUCUUUAGCAAUAAGACCGGUUUGGACUAUAUAGAAUGGCUAAACUCCAAACCAGUUGGUUCGGUUGUUUAUGUGUCGUUUGGGAGCUUAGUGGUGUUACCCAAUAAACAGAUUGAAGAGAUCUUUCAUGGACUAAAGGCGAGUCAGAAACCAUUUUUGUGGGUGGUGAGGUCUUCGGAGAGUGAGAUUAAGGAAUUAGAAUUGGAAGAGGAAACAGAAGGGAUGAUAGUGGGGUGGUGUUCACAGGUGGAGGUUUUGAACCAUCGUUCAGUUGGAUGCUUUGUGACGCAUUGCGGGUGGAACUCAACGGUGGAGAGUUUGGUCGCCGGAGUGCCGGUGGUGGGGUGUCCACACUUUUCCGACCAGCCGACGAACGCAAAGAUGAUAGAGGCUGUGUUUGGGACUGGGGUGAGGGCGAGAGUGAGUGAAGAAGGGGAAGGGAUAGUGGAGAGAGAGGAGCUUAAGAGAUGUCUGAACAUGGUGAUGGGAGGAGAGAAUGGGGAGGAGAUGAGAAGGAACGCUUUGAAGUGGAAGGAUUUGGCCAUGGAGGCUGUGGGCAAAGGUGGUUCUUCAGCUAGAAAUUUCCGAGCCUUUGUGGAAGAGUUGGUGCAAGGGUGCGAUACAAGUAUAGAAUAGACC